GCUGCGACCGGGGAUCGCACUCACUUGCUUAACUCUCUCUCCAGCCUUAUUUUCAGCCCCCUCCACGCCACUAUGAGGAACGCCGUGGUGGCUGUUGCCAUGGUGAUGUUGUGCACAUCUGUGGCGCACACUGACGUGAGGCCGCAGAGGGAUUUCAACUUGCAGAGGUUUGCAGGUAGGUGGUACCGUGUGGGUCUGGCAUAUGACUCGGCGAGCUUUGUCCCAUACAGAGACAAAUUGAAGGCCUCCCUGGGUGUUGUCACCGCGCAGGCAAAUGGCAACGUUAACCUUACGAUGUGGGAUGCCACGCCCGCAGGAUGUCGCAGUAAAACAUACUAUUACGAAAAGACAAAUAUUCCGGGACAGUUCACCUACUUCAGCACACGUCACAACAUGGUGAAGGACAUCACCGUUGUGGAUACAAACUACAGUGAAUAUGCCCUUGUGCUCAAACACAAAAUCUUUCAUAGAGAGUACACCCAGGUGGCCCUUUAUGGUCGCACUCAGAGGCUGAGAGCGGAUAUCAUUCAGAAGUUUAAAGCCUUUGCUUCAAUGAGAGGAUUUCCAAGAGAAGCCAUUCUCACCCCACCGCCAGCAGAAAACUGCCCUCCAUCAUCAUCUGGAUAGGUCCCUUGUCACUUCGCCAAUGCAUUCAGUCCUUGCUGCCAUCAGUUAUUGUAAAUGUCUGUCUCCAACUACAAUGAUGAGAAAAUAACAAAUUCAAAAAAUAAUAAAACAUUUAGCACAAUGCUCUAA